GCGCGCAGCGCUCCAUGUGGCUCCGUUCGUGUCCGUGCCGAGCGUGGGUACUUCACCCGUGUCUCCUUCGCUGCCGGAACCGUCCCGGGGAUUCAAGGCGCAAAUACUUGCGGACAGACUUUCCACUUCCGCUUCAGAGUGUUCCUCAGGUCUACGCGGUACAUCCGACAUCCGGCCGGCCGAGGUGCCACCCAGGGAGUAACCAUGGGAAGAACCUUGAUAAAAGAUCAAAGGGAGAGUAAGAAAGAGAAAUCAGGAAGGAUUCAUCCAUCAGCAGAUUCUUCGCUCGCUAAAAAAGAGACCUUUAGCUGGGAGGACUAUCUGAAGGAAACCUUGUCAUUACCAGCUCCUCCAAGCUGUUUCAGACAGUCCAGAGUCCCACCUACCAACGAGUUCAAGGUUGGCAUGAAGCUGGAGGCCCGCGAUCCACGCAACACCACCUCCGUGUGCAUCGCCACGGUGAUGGGCCUGGCAGGCGUGAGGCUGCGUCUGCGACUGGACGGCAGCGACAACACGAAUGACUUCUGGAGGCUGGUGGAUUCCUCUGACAUCCAGCCCAUCGGCACAUGUGAGAAGAAUGGGGACAUGCUGCAGCCGCCGCUGGGGUUCAGAAUGAACGCUUCCUCGUGGCCCAUGUUUCUGCUGAGAACCUUAAGUGGAGCAGAGAUAGCACCAUCCACUGCUUUUAAAAAGGAGCCCGAGAAGCCCCAUUACAACGCUUUCAAACCCGGGAUGAAACUGGAGGCUGUGGACAGGAAGAACCCGUACCUCAUCUGCCCCGCCACCAUCGGUGAGGCGAAGGGUGCCGAGGUCUUCGUCACGUUCGACGGCUGGAGAGGAGCCUUCGACUACUGGUGCAAGUACGACUCGCGGGACGUCUUCCCCGUGGGCUGGUGCUCCAUGACCAAACACAGCCUGCAGCCGCCUGGCAACAGCUUCGCAGUCGCCCUCCCCAAGAGCCCCGCCGCCUCCAGCUGCUUCCCGUUGAGGCCAGCCAGGCGCUCCAUGCAGUCGCCGUACAGGCUGAGCACCCCGCUGCCCCCCCUGCCAGUGAGGAAGGGGGUGCGAGGGCGACGCCCCAAGAGCCAGACCCUGGCUCUGCUCAAGGCGGCAGCAGAGGCAGCAGCAGCCCAGAACGGAAGUUCUCCGACCGCGACCGUCAGGACUGCGUCCUGCACCCAGCUUGCUCCCAGGCCUCACAAGAAAAGGGGCCCCAAACCUGGGAGCAAGAGGAAGCCUCGAGUGGUCAAGGCACCCUCCCCGUCCGCUGCACCCGAGACACGGCUGUCCAGCGGUCAGACCCUGAAGAAUGGACGCCACCACCUCAACAGCAGUCCGGCUGUCACCUCCACAGUGUGUGUCUAUGUCAACAAGCAUAGUAGCUGUGGCCCCCACCUGGACCGCAAGCUGAUGCAGCAGCUGCCCGACCACUUUGGCCCGGGCCCGGUGAACGUGGUCCUGCAGCAGGCGGUCCAGGCAUGCGUGGACUGCGCCCAUCAGCCCGAGGCCCUCUUUGGUUUCCUGCAGUCUGAAUCGGAUGGGGGUGAAGUCAUUAAAGUGUGCCUCGAUGGCGGGACCCACCUGGUGCAGCUGCCCGUGGCCAACAGCGCCUCCUUUGUGCUGCGCUUCCUCGAGACGCUGUGUCACCACCUGCAGUGCGAGAACCUGUUCAGCAGCCAGCCGUUCAGCCCCUACACCACGCCGGCCCACAACACCUACGAAAGGGGGAAGUCAGUGAAAGAGGAGGCCUUGGAGGCGCUGUCCAUCAACCGGGGAGCCAAGCACUUCCCCAGAGACUCGUCCCCCUACCCAACGCCACUGUCACCCAAGCUCCUACGCAAAGAGGCACACCCCUCCGAAGCAGAGACCCUCCCCCACGAAGAGAGUGGUGUGCUGAAGGAGCGCUUUCCUGAAGAGUCCAUGGACUCAGCCAGCAACUCCAUGACCCCCCGCCCCCCGACGCUGCGCAGCUCAUCGGAGUACCGGCCCUCAGCCAGCAGCCCGUACUACCCUAGUCAGCCACCGCCCCUGCGACGCCACUCCUCGAACCCCCCGGAGUUGGGGUCCGCACGCAUUCACAGACGAGUGGAAGGUAGUGUUUCACCACGGUCACCACAGGCAGCCAGCUCCACUACUGGUCCCGACACCCAGACGGCGGACAGGGAAGCGUCUCAGCGACCCAGCCACUGUCCGUCCUCCUGGUCCAUCGAAGAGGUGAUACAGUUUGUGCGGGACGCUGACCCCCUCGCGCUGGGCCCCCACGCGGAGCUUUUCCGGAAACACGAGAUUGACGGCAAGGCCCUGCUGCUGCUGCGGAGCGACAUGGUGAUGAAGUACAUGGGCCUGAAGCUCGGACCCGCGCUCAAACUUUGCUACCACAUCGAGAGGCUCAAACAGGGCAAGGCUUAGCAGGAGCAGCUGUGCAGCACAGGAGCCCUUCACCAGGGGGCGCUCUUUCCAACCUCAGCAGCUGCUCCGAACACCAAAGGAACAUUCCGCCCUCACGUCUCUUCAGAAAGGUGCUUUUUCCUUUGUUUUUUGUAAAGACUUUAUUUAUAUACUGCAGAGACCACUGUACCUCGUUUGCUCACGAGUUUACCACAGUAUUGACUCCCAGCUGAAUCCCAAAGGACAAUCCGUCAAGUGUUUACACUGCAUGUGAAUAGUACAUGCAUAGUGACUUUUCCAUUUUUACUUUUUUAACGGUUCAUGUAUCUAUUUGAGCCUCAGAAAUUGGGAACUGUUUUCCUCUUUGUAUUAUUCACGUAAAAUGAAGGGGCUACUUUUAAUCAGCGUUUCUUUUUUUGAUAGUUUUUACUUUUUUGUUAACAAGGGCGUAUUAUUCUUAAAUGAAAAAGCAAACAAAAACAUGUAGUUUAUUUUCAUUUCUUCCUGUUGGAUAGUUUCUAGCUGAAAGUCACGUGGGAAAGUUACCUUUUUUUUUU